UGUGUGACCCCGCACUGUCAAAAGCAGGAAAUGAACGCUUAAAAGUGCUAUAAUGUGAGCGAUGUGAGUUAUUUCCCCCCUAUUCUCCUUUAUUUACACAAUAUCUAGGUGCAUCUGAACGUGUGGGUCGCAUUGUCUGGAAGGCAAACGGCAUGGUACCCAGAUUGUCACUGGAAGAAAGGAAACCCAGAUACAGUUUACACUAAUGCUAAUGAUAAGUCCCAAAAUGGCCUCAGGAGCGCAAGAGAAACAGUUCACACAAUCCCUUCUGAGUUUUUUCAUUUAUAACCCUACGCUUGGACCACGCGAAGGAGAGGAAGAGAAAAAGAUUUUGUUUUACCACCCGAGUGAGGUCGAGAAGAAUGAGAAAAUCCGAAAUGUGGGCCUUUGUGAAGCAAUUGUUCAGUUCACAAGGACUUUCUGUCCAACAAAACCAGCAAAAUCUCUGCACACACAGAAGAAUCGGCAGUUUUUCUUUGAGCCAGAGGAACAUUUUUGGAUAGUCAUGGUUGUUCGAAACCCAAUGAUUGAGAAGCCGAACAAAGAUGGCAAACCUCCAACGAUAGAGUAUCAAGAAGAGGAAAUACUUGAUACGGUUUAUGGUGCAGUGGUUCGGCAGUGCUACAGCAUGUACAAGCUAUUUAACGGCACCUUUGGUCGAGCGAUGGAAGCGGGUGGAGUGGAGCUGCUCAUUCAGAAGCUUGAAAAGUUUUUCUACAGGUAUCUGCAGACGCUCCACUUGCAGUCCUGUGACCUGCUGGAUGUAUUCGGAGGCAUCAGCUUCUUUCCGCUGGACAAGAUGACCUACCUGAAGAUUCAGUCAUUUGUUAACAGAGUGGAGGAGAGCCUCAGCCUCAUCAAAUACACGUCCUUCCUCUAUAACGACCAGCUUAUCUGGAGUGGGCUGGAACAGGACGACAUGAGGAUCCUUUACAAAUACUUGACCACGUCUCUUUUUCCCAGGCAUUCGGAGCCUGAGUUGGCUGGUAGAGACUCUCCUCUGAGGCCUGAAGUCACAGGAAAUCUGUUGCACUAUGGGAGGUUUCUGACAGGACCUACUAACCUUAAAGAUCCAGAGGCUAAGUUCCGAUUUCCAAAAAUAUUUGUCAGUGCAGAGGAUGGCUACGAAGAGCUGCAUCUCAUCGUUUAUAAGGCGAUGAGCGCUGCUGCUUGUUUUAUGAUCAGUGCCUCUGUUGAGCUGACCAGGGACUUCUGUGAGCAGCUGGACAGCUUGGUGGGCCCCCAGCUCACUCUGCUGGCAUCAGAUAUAUGUGAACAGUUCACAAUAAACCGCAGGAUUUCUGGGCCGGAGAAGGAGCCCCAGUUUAAGUUCAUCUACUUUAACCACAUGAAUCUGGCGGAGAAGAGCACUAUUCACAUGAGAAAAACCGCCAGUGUGUGUCUCACCUCAGUCCACCCUGACCUCAUGAAGAUUUUGGGCGACAUCAACUGUGACUUUGCGAGGGUUGAUGAAGACGAGGAAAUCAUCGUGAAAGCUAUGACCGACUACUGGGUUGUCGGUAAGAAGUCCGACCAGCGAGAGCUGUAUGUGAUCUUAAACCAAAAAAAUGCCAAUCUCAUUGAAGUAAAUGAGGAAGUAAAGAGGCUUUGUGCAACACAGUUCAACAACAUUUUCUUUUUGGACUGAGCAGACACUCUGACCACUCUAAAGACUCUCAGCUUUGCAGGUUUGCAGAUUCAGCGUAAUGCAAUAAUUGCAUUGUAAAAUAAACAAGUUGAAAAGCUUUCUCACCAAGUUUUUUAUUUAACAGAAAAAUUGUAAUUUUAUCUUGUAAGUACCUGUAAAAACACAGAUUGGAUUCAUGUACUUCAUCUCAUCUCUAUGUACAUAAUUGUUGGAUUUUAUCAUCUUUUUAAGUUUCCCCACAUAUUUCUGCAUGUUUUUAAUUCGAUCAUAUCUUACUUUAAUGUAAAAAUUAUGUUAAUUCCAGUUUUAUUUGAGUAUCAGUUUUGGUUUUGAGAUGUCCUGCCAGAACUAUUGUGGGGUUUGUAAAACACUGCACUAACUUGAAAUAAAGGAAGAAAUCAUUUUCCUAAUUGUAUGCACUGCAUUUUACUUUUGGUUUAGUUUUAAACUAAAGUUUAUGAAACAUGCAAAGUGUGAUGUCAGUAUAAUAAUAGAAAUUAACACAUAAAUUAAAACUUUACCAAAUCUAAACAUUAAGUGAAACUUAGCUCAAAUAGAAAUUACCUUAAUGCAAUUGUUUAAGAUUACAAGCUUGUGUUUACAGACCUACAGGGUAUUUUAUUCCAGAUUUUGUUAUGACAGUCUUAUUACACAUGGCGAUAGUUGGUCUUUAUCAAAAUGAUAAGCUAAAUCUACAGUGGAAUGGUUCACAAACAUAUCCAGGUGUUUUAAUGGCCAAGUCAAAGUCCACACCAAAUCCAAUCGACACUCUGCGGAAAGAAAUGAAAAGUGCUUUUAACAAACGCUCUCCAUCCAACCUGUCUGAGCUCCAGCUGUUUGGAGGAAGAAGGGGCAAACAUUUCAGUCUCUUCUGUGCAAAACUGACAGACAUGCCAGCAUUAAAAGGUG